AUGACGUCGCGUUUGUCGUUCGUUCCAUCGGUGAAUAACAUGUCUCACCAAAGACUUCACGACAGUGACGAAAAUAAUUCUUCGGACGAUGACGAAAAUUCACCUCUAACCCAAGACUUAUAUGGUGGAAGUCAAAGAACUUUGGCAGAUACCAAAGCAUGGGACGUUUUUCGAGAUUUACCUCCGCGCAGCGACAGCGGAUCUAUGGCCAACCAAGCAUGUCUCGAAUUCACCAUACGUGUGCUGAAAAUCCUAGCAUAUUUGACCACAUUCAUCGUUGUCCUGUGUUGUGGCGUUAUAUCUAAAAUUAGUAUGUUCUUCAUGACAUCUCAAAUCAGAGCUGAUCGCGUCGUCACAUUCUGCAAUAAAGAACUUAGUCGUGAUAAAUUUUACGUUGUCAACCUCCCAACGGAAGAACGUGUCGCGUGGAUAUGGUGUUUGCUGUUGGCAUUUAUCGUUCCAGAAAUUGGUACUUUAAUACGAUCUUUGAGAAUUUGUUUCUUCAAGUCGUGUAAAAGACCUCCAUUGUUUGAUUUUGUAUUUGUGCUAAUUAUGGAAACCCUUCACGUCUUUGGCUUAGUUUUGCUUGUGUAUGUCGUACUACCAAAUUUAGACGUAGUCAAAGGUGCGAUGCUUACUAAUUGUCUUUGUUUCAUGCCAGCUUUGCUCAAUUUAUUAUCGAGGACAACAAAAGGUUGUAAAACGAAUUCGGAAAAGUCUGAAGUCUACGCAAAAGUCUUAAUGGAUCUAAUUGCCGUAGGAUCACAAGCCACUGGCUUCUUUUUAUGGCCUUUAUUACACCCGGAAAAACAAAUGAAUAACCUAGCCAUCCCGAUUUCAGUAUUUUGUAUUUCUUGUGGUUACUGGGAAAAUUAUACAACCAAAAAUACAUUUUUUGGAUUUAUGAAGUUUGCAUACCAUAUUAAAGACCGAAUGAGAAGAACGCGUUAUUUCAUAUACAUGCUAAUGUCUGUUUGGAAAAUGUUAUGUUUCAUGUGUUUCAUGUUAGUAGUUAUGUUCUUUAAAGGUGAAAAUGUUACACAAAUCUUCUCAUUAGUCAACGCUGGAUUUUCACAACACAAGAUACAAGUUCUCGAGGUAAAUCAAGUAACGCGAAGUGGAACUAUUUUACCAGAUCUUGCCGAUAUAGUUACAACUGGAGAUUCGGUUGACAUCGAUGCAGAAUAUGUAACUGCAAUGCACGUACUUCUUUUACAAAUUAUUUCAGCAUAUCUUUGUUAUAUAUUUGGAAAAUUUGCUUGCAAAAUUAUGAUUCAAGGAUUCAGCUAUGCAUUCCCUGUAAAUCUAACAGUACCAGUCACCAUGUCUGUAUUGAUAAUCGCAUGUGGUUUGCGUCACGAUGAUCCUUGUUUUUUCCAUAACUCUAUCCCUGAUUAUUUAUUUUUCGAUACACCCGAUGUCAAUUUCUUAAACAAUUUUAUCACCAAAGAACAUGUAUGGGUAUGGUUACUGUGGCUUCUAUCUCAAACGUGGGUAACGUUACAUAUUUGGACACCUAAGUGUGAACGUUUAGCGACCACUGAAAAGCUUUUCGCAAGACCUAUGUACGAUUCAUUGCUGAUAGAUCAAUCGUUAGGAAUGAACAGGAGAUGGGACGACGAAAAAGACGUCAAAACUGAAGACUUGGCUGACCGAGAUAAAGAACCAGAUGAAUAUUAUGAAACAAUAUCUGUGCACACAGAUGUUAGUAGUACAGCACCUAAAACUGUGAAGAAAUCUGAUAGUAUUACUAGGAUUUACGCGUGUGCGACUAUGUGGCACGAAACUCACGAGGAAAUGAUGGAGAUGUUAAAGUCGAUCCUCCGAAUGGACGAAGAUCAGUGCGCCCGUCGAGUAGCCCAGAAAUAUUUGCGUGUAGUUGAUCCAGACUAUUAUGAAUUUGAAACUCACAUAUUCAUGGAUGACGGAUUCGAAAUAAGUGAUGAAAACGAUGAUUGGAAUCAAGUAAAUAGAUUCGUAAAGCUUUUAGUAAGUACAAUCGACGAAGCAGCAACUCACGUGCACGAAACGAAUAUACGCAUCAAACCACCAACUAAAUAUCCCUCUCCAUACGGUGGCCGUUUAGUAUGGACGCUACCUGGAAAAACUAAGCUCACUGUACACAUCAAAGACAAAUCCAAAAUCCGACACAGAAAACGAUGGAGUCAGGUCAUGUACAUGUACUACUUACUUGGUCAUCGAUUAAUGGAACUACCGAUUUCCGUUGAACGGAAAGAAGUCAUUGCUGAAAAUACGUUUUUAUUGACGCUCGAUGGUGAUAUUGAUUUCCAGCCACAUGCGGUCAGGCUUUUAAUAGAUUUAAUGAAAAAAAAUAAAAAUUUGGGAGCUGCUUGUGGUCGAAUCCAUCCAAUUGGAGGAGGUCCAUUGGCGUGGUAUCAAGUUUUUGAAUACGCAAUUGGUCAUUGGCUCCAAAAAGCUACUGAACACAUGAUUGGUUGCGUUCUUUGUAGUCCUGGAUGUUUCUCACUGUUCAGAGGUAAAGCUCUUAUGGACGAUAACGUGAUGAAAAGAUAUACAUUGAAAUCUGACGAAGCCAGACAUUACGUACAAUAUGAUCAAGGCGAAGACAGAUGGUUGUGUACAUUGUUAUUACAAAGAGGAUAUCGAGUAGAAUAUUCAGCUGCUAGUGACGCGUAUACUCACUGUCCUGAAAGCUUUAACGAGUUUUAUAAUCAGCGAAGAAGAUGGGUACCAUCGACAAUGGCGAACAUCAUGGACUUGCUAAUGGAUUACAAAAAAACGAUCAAAAUAAACGAUAACAUUUCAAUGCCUUACAUCAGCUAUCAUAUCAUGUUAAUGGGUGGUACCAUUUUAGGACCAGGAACUAUAUUCCUUAUGUUGGUGGGAGCCUUUGUGGCUGUAUUUCAUAUUGACAAUUGGACCAGUUUCUAUUACAAUAUCAUACCGAUAGUAUUGUUUGUUUUCGUAUGCUUCACUUGCAAAUCAAACAUACAACUAUUAUUGGCGCAAAUUCUAUCAGCUCUAUACGCGUUAGUUAUGAUGGCCGUUAUUGUCGGUACAGCUCUACAACUGGGAGAGGACGGUAUCGGAUCGCCAUCUGCAAUAUUUUUAAUCGCUAUGAUGAGUUCGUUUAUAAUAGCGGCACUUCUCCAUCCGCAAGAGUUCUCUUGUAUCAUAUACUUCGGUAUAUAUUGGCUGUCUAUUCCGUCUAUGUAUUUGCUUUUAAUAUUGUACUCCAUUAUCAAUCUAAACAUUGUCACGUGGGGUACGAGAGAGGUUCAAGUCAAAAGAACUAAAAAGGAAAUGGAAGCAGAAAAGAAAGCCGCCGAAGAGUCGGAAAAGAAAAACAAACAAAAGUCAAUGCUUGGAUUCUUGCAAAACUGGGACCCAAACGAGGACAACGAAGAGGGUUCGUUUGAACUGUCAUUCGCUGGACUUUUCAAAUGCAUGUUUUGCACUUACCAGAAACCCGUAAAUGAAGGUCAACAGCUGGUGAGGAUAGCCGAUUCGUUAGAAGGUCUUGGUAAACGGAUGGAUCACAUAGAAAAGACUGUAAUGGAUCCAACAUCGGUGAACCGUAAGAGAAACGCUUCGACCAGUAGCGUCCCACAUCAGAUCGCUCUGGAUCCGGUCCAAGAAGAAAACUCUGAAAACGAGCAUUCCGAUACAGAAACUGACGAUGAAUCUUUAGAACCCAGAGUGGAACGUAACGAUGACAUCAAUCCUUUCUGGAUCGAAGACAAAUCGCUGCGUAAGGGUCCAGUGGCGUUUUUAUCCACAGCCGAACAACAAUUCUGGAGGGAUCUAAUCGACAAAUACUUAUAUCCGAUUGACGAAGAUAAAGACGAAAAGGCUCGAAUCGCGUCAGACUUGAUCGAACUGAGAAACAAGUCAGUGUUUUCAUUUUUCAUGAUCAACGCUCUGUUCGUGCUCAUUGUUUUCCUGCUCCAAUUAAACAAGGAUAAGCUCCAUCUGGACUGGCCGAUAGGCGUCAAGACAAAUAUCACGACUGUAGCAGAGACGUCCGAGAUCAUCAUUAGCAAAGAGUACUUACAUUUGGAACCCAUCGGUUUGGUGUUCGUGUUCUUUUUCGCAUUCAUCAUAGUAGUUCAGUUCACCGCCAUGUUGUUCCAUCGGUUCGGAACACUGUCUCACAUACUUGCCUCGACGGACCUAAACUUGUGUUGGAACAAAAAGACUGAAGAUUUGACUCACGACGGUCUACUAGACAAACAAGCGGUCGUCAUCGUCAAGCACCUCCAACGUCUGAGGGGCAUCAAUGGCGAUUACGACAACGAGUCGGGUUCCAGUGGCGAUAACGCUGUGGGCCGGCGGCGAACAAUUUACAAUCUGGAAAAACAACGGCAAAAGACCAGAACAAUUGGCACGCUGGACGUUGCUUUCCGCAAGAGAUUCUUGCAGAUGAAAAUGGGAGAGGACGAAGACGAACCGCAAGGUGGCACGCCGGUGUUGGGCCGGAAACUGACGAUGGGCAAGGAAGUGCGGCAAGCGCUCGAGGUGAGGAGAAGGUCUAUGCAGGCGGAGAGGCGCAAGUCUCAGAUGCAGACGCUGGGCGCGAGCCACGCGUUCAACCAGACUCAGAGGCAGUCGAACGCAGGCAUCAGCGUCAAGGACAUAUUCAAGGGCAGCCAAAACCUUGCGUACGAGCGUGACGACGGGGACGGAGACGACCGGCUGCCCAUGCACGCCAUCAACUGA